AAUACGCCCGUAUCUGUCGUGCAGCAGCGACGAGAUUUUGGCCACAUCCGAUAUGGUAUAUUGGCCAAUGAUUGGCAUGAGGCUGUCAAGAGCAAUUGUGGAACCUUGCGACUAUUUAAGAGCAAUAAUUGUCCAUAAUGCAAAAUGUAAGAUUUAACUAAUUCCAAUGACAACCUUUUGCAUGAGCGUAAAAACUAUGUCAUUAACAUGUCUAGCUUGAUGAUAUAUUGGGUGCAUUUGCGAGAAAAGGAGAGAAUUAUGUAAAGAUCGUGCUGGGUUUUUUAUGAAGUAGAUGCUAUCAUAAACUAGUCGAUCUUAUCUUAUAAUUAUAUGUGACAGUGGGAUGGAAGGGAAACUGCUGGACAAUCUCCUGUCGAAUUGACAAAAUAUUGAGCAAGUAAGCAGCUUGUCCGUGUCGCUAUUUCAAGGACCUGUCGGAUUUAUCUCAAAUUGGAUUCCAACAAUCUUUCCGCAUGUCGCAGCUUUAACUGGUUGCGAAUUGCAAGGCUGCAUCGAAAAGUUCACACAUUUUGGCGACCUUGAAACUGGCGCUAAUUGAACGCUAAUCAAGAAGAAGCCGACGGCGGAUGACUGGGCAAGUGCCCAAAACCAAAGGGGAAGCUAACCAGAUGCGAUGCCCCUGUUAUACCACCAACAGCGAUUGCAGCAGCAGCAGCUGUAUGAGACGGAGGUUUUGCUGUUCUCCCUUGAAAGUCUAAACCAGAAUCAUAAUUAAUUACACUGCGAAAAAAAAGAACUUGGACCAGGCUAAAGUGAAGCUCUGUUCAAAUCCCAGUAUUUUUGUGGAAUCAUGACUAGGACAUUUCUCUUUACCCAGCGGAAUUUCCCACAUUCAUUUAAAAAGCAAAAGCAGAGGCAAUAUUAUAUGAAGGUUUUGUUAAAAAUGCUGGCAAACAUUGACAAGGCUGAAGGCUGAGAACGGAACAGAAAAAUCCCAGUAUUUCUUGUAUGUCGUCAUGCAUGACUAGGCUUAAGGAGAUGGCACUUAGCGGAACUUCUCACAUGCAUGUGUUUAAUAAAAAGCAUUAGCAGCUAUAUGAGAUGCAGGUUCGAACGAGAACGAGAAAAAUCCCAAUAUUUUGUAUGAGGUAUCCUUCGGCUUAAGGAAACGUCGAUUGGAAAGGAAAGGAUUGUAAAAAAAAAACAAUAGCAUAUGCCAAACAAAUAAUCUGCAGUAAUGUUUGUUUACUAAAUGAUAUGUAGCUAUAUUAUAAGUAAAUCAGAUUUAAUUUAGUCUAGUUGCGGCAGCCGCUCAGCCGGAACCAACAAUGUACAAAUGCCUAAAAGCAUCGCAAAUUUAUUGAAUUCAUGUCAUUUAUAAUUGUUUUGAUGCAAUUUUCAAAAUCAACGAACCUUAACUUAUUAAUAGCCAUACCAUAUGUAUGCUAUUUAUGUAUUAUUAAUAGCCCUGCCCGCAUGUAUUCUAUUUAAAUAUCCAUUAUAAUAUGCGAGGAUAUCAUUAGUGAGCGAGCGAUGAAGCCGGCAACUGUGCGUUUGUUAAUCGUGGCAGCGUUUCUGGUGCUGGCACCGGUCAUUGGCCGAAAAUCGAAAUCCCGAUUCACAAAUCUGAAGUGCGAGUCCUAUGAUCGCAGUUUCUCGAUAUUCAAGAAGUGCAAGCUCAAUGUGCUCGGCCGGGGCGUGGUCGCCGUCGAUAUAAACAUAAAUCUGCUAAAACUUCCGAUAUAUAAUGUACACAUCAACUGGAGCAUAUGGCGUCGCUAUAAUACCUACCAACCGUUUCUGCAUAAUGCCAGCUGUGAUUUCUGCCAUUUGCUGUCACAUCCGAACAAGAUCGCAUUCGAGUCACUUGUGCUGAAAGCCAUUCAGACGAGAGCGAAUAUAAAUCACACUUGUCCCUACAAUCACGAUGUCAUUGUGGAUAAUUUGGUGUUCACCGACGCAUUCCUGCAAUCGCUGCCACUGCCCCAAGGCGAUUAUAAGAUACAAUUGCGAUUUGCUACGGACAAAACAUGGAGACUAAUGGUGGAAGUAUUCAUCUUGCGAGAUGAAUAGAACAAUUGAAUUAAACGAAUAAAUAUGGUAUUUGACAAUUUUA